CUUGACAAAAAUGAAGAUCGUGGUGACAGGAGCAUCAGGUCUGCUGGGAAGAGCAGUUUAUGCUCAAUUAAAGCAAGAUAAUCAUACAGUAUUGGGUACAGCACUCUCUCGAGCAAAUUCCGACAACGGAUUGGUGAAAUUGGACCUGACAGACUUCACUGCCUUACGACAAUUCUUGGAUAAAGAAGAACCACAAGCAAUCAUUCAUACCGCUGCAGAACGUAGGCCGGAUGUUGUUGAACGAUCUCCUGAAGCAUCAAAGAUUCUCAACGUGGAUGUUCCAAGCACGAUUGCGACUUGGUGUAAAGAACAUGCAAAGCAACCGUUGUUGAUCAACAUCAGUACAGAUUAUGUUUUCGACGGCACAAGUCCUCCAUACAAGGUAGAUGAUUCACCAAACCCUUUGAAUGCUUACGGGAAGAGCAAAUGGGAAGGUGAAAAGGGUGUUUUAGAACAUGGCAAAGAAGGAAGAAUCAGUAAUUUACGUGUUCCUGUAUUGUACGGCAAAACGCAUACAAACGAUGAAUCUGCAGUGAAUGUUUUGCUGGAUGCUCUAACAGUAAGCAGCGCAGGACAAGAUCUCAAACCGAAAAAGAUGGACGCAAAUGCUGUACGUUAUCCUACCAAUGUUGCAGAUAUCGCAAAAGCAUUGUCGCAAAUGUGCACAAAGUAUGCAGAUCCCGCAAAUGGCGGGAAUCAGGCUGGAAUCCCGCCAACUUUGCACUUUAGUGCGAUGGAAGCAAUGACAAAGUACGAUAUGUGCUUGGUCAUGGCACGUUGUCUUCGUGCUGUUGGUGAAGAAGCAGAAACGGAGCAUCUUGUGCCGGAAUACGAAGUGGAUCCGAAUGCUGCCACCUCCAGACCACGUCAUUGCAAACUUGACUUGAGCGUUACAAAGGAGAUUGGUAUUAGCACAGAAUGCAUCAGUUUCGAAAGCUGGUGGAGAGAAUAUUUGGAAGAGUAUGCCGAAAAAGCUAGGGAAAGACGAGCAAAGGAAGCAGCCGAAGCGGAAGCGAGUCGGAUAGCGGAGGAGGAAAGACGUCAGAAAGAGGAGGAAGAACGAAGAAAGCGAGAAGAACAAGAGAGAAUCAAGCGGGAAGAGGAAGAGAGGAUACAGAAAGAGGAGGAGGACAAAAGGCAGAAGAAGUUGGCAGAGGAAGAGAGAAUACGUAAGGAAGAAGAGGAAAAGGAGCGUCAAGAGAAAGAGGCUGCAGAAAAGACCGCAAGAGAGAAACAAGAAGCAGAAGAAUUACAGCAAAAGCAGAUAGAAGAAGAUCCACAGCGAAUCUCUUCGGAAACGGCAACGCAGGAAAUGACAAAUGAGAGUCUAGGGGAAGGUGAGACAACACCAUCUUCCGAGAAAGAACGCCACGAGAGCAAUAAAAGCAGUCAUGAUGUAUCUACCAGUGGCCCUGAAGUAGCCCGAUCUUCUUCUUCAAACGGUCAUAACUCUCUACGAAGUCCAUCGUCUCCCAAUCCUAGCUUUUCCUCUUUGCAAGCCAGACCUACGCCACCUGCAACAUCUGGACGAAAUAGCCCUUCACUUUCCGUACGUUCGGUAGGAACGGCAUCCUUCUUGACUGGAACGACAAAUAUACCCACGCGAACUGGCGAAGAUGGUGCGGCUACUGCUUCUGUGAUAGAUGCAAACCCAUUGGGCAUGAAUGAUACUGUCAAAAUGCGAGAAAGUGACAAAGAGGAAGCGUCAAAGAAUAAUCGAAAUAUGGAAGAUGGUAGUGGCUUCUUCCCGCAAAAGCUUGUUGAAGCAGGUGAUGGAGCCUCUUUGGGAAUCAAAUCAGAAGGUGCACAGCAGAAUCAGUCUAUCGAUUCGGAUAAUUAUGGCGAGCCUAGCCCGCGGGAAGAUGCCAAAAGCUCUCUGCCGUUUACUGGUCAGGCUCCUUUCGUUGCUGCGGGAUAUGGUGAAGUUCCCUUUGGGAUUGAUGAGCAGGCAGGUAAGCCACUUUCUGAUCAGCCAGCAAGAGAAGAAGCGACUUCAGGUCAUCAGCGACAAGCAUUAUCACAAGACAAGAAACCACAAGUGGCCUCUUUCCAGAUCCGAGUUGGAGAUCCACAAAAGGUUGGUGAUCCAGUCACUGCACAUAUCGUUUAUACGAUGCGUGUCAUCACUGAUUCUCCGCAUUUCCGAUCCGGUCAGUUUUCUGUUUUGCGAAGAUACAGUGAUUUCCGAUGGUUACAUGCGGCUUUGGUUCAUAAUAAUCCGGGCAUCUUUGUUCCACCCGUUCCUGAAAAGGUCAAAAUUGGACGAUUUGCUCCUGAUCUGGUCGAAGCAAGAAGACAUGGCUUGGAAAGUUGCGUGAACAAGAUUGCCAAUAAUCCUGUCUUGCAGCAUGACGAAGAUUUCAAAAUCUUUAUGGAGAGUCAAAAUUUUCACGCUGAUGUCAAAGCGCGGGAUCAGAUCAAAGGUCCUGUACCUACACCUGAACAAAAGACAUACUUUGGAUGGAGUACUUCGUUCACUGGAAGUACGUACAAAUAUCAUGAAACCGAUGAAUGGUUUGAUGAGCAAAAGGUGUAUUUGGAUCAUUUGGAAUUCCAAUUGAAGAAUCUGGUCAGGAUCGUGAGCACGUUGGCACAACAGAGAAAAGAUUUAGCAGCCGCUACAUCGGAAUCAAGUCAUGCAUUAAUGAUGCUUUCGGGAAGUUCAUUAUCACGUUCGCUCUCUACAUGCUUCGCCGGAUUGGGAGAAGUGGAAAGGAGAUCGUUUGAAUUGACUGAUGUUCAAGCAGAUGCGGAUGUACGUGAAUUUGGAAGUGUUUUGUAUGAAUUUGAACGGAUGGUAGGAAGUGCAAGAAAAGCAUUUGCAACACGAAUUGAUGCAUGGCAAACAUGGCAAAGGCUAGAAGAUGAAGCGAAAAAGGUUCGAAUCAAACAUGAAAAAGUCAAAAAAGACGUUCAACCUGGAAGUUAUAAAAUGCACGAUGGAGGAAGAUUACAAGCCGUUUUAGAUGAAUUGGCAAAUGUUGAAACGAAAUGUCUAAAUGCAAAACGUGAAUUUGACGUCAUAGGAAGAAGAUGCAAAGAAGAGAUGGACAGAUUUGAAUGGGAUAGGAUUCGUACUUUUCAUGAUGCAGCAGAAGUUUGGUUACAAGGAAUGAUCGAAAGAAGUACAGAGAUUAUGUCUGAAUGGGAACAAUAUGCGGCUUUAUUGGAACGACAAACGAAUCACAAGAUCGAAAUAGAGUGAGGGAGAAUGUACAAUUAUACUCAAUAUCAUGUCAUACAAUACACUUCGUUAUAAG